AUAGGAUAUAUAAAACGCCAGACGCGUUUUAUUCCGUAAACGUGCAUUAACCUUGAUAUAUAGGUAGCUUGCUGUUUUCUUGGCGAGGACGUCAUAUUUGACGAUUCAACAAACAGGAUUACUUGGUGUUCUAAUGAGACCACAGUAAAAAAUAAAAAUGAGCGUUGAAAAUGUCUACAAAAAUCUUGAUGAGAAAUCACAACUUUCCUUAAAUGGGAAGAAACCACAAGAAAUAAUCAACCGACUUGAUAAAGUUUAUGAUAUGAUUUUGACAUCAAAGAAUAAAAACAAGUGGGAUGAUGCCUAUUUAUUCUGCAGAAGAUGGAACUUGUGUGUUGACUGGUUGAAGAGGCAAAGGAUAGAUAAAGACUUGGCGCAGAAGUAUUAUUCUUCAAAGAGGCAAAUGGAUGUUAAACGAUUAUUUACGGAAAUAAAACUCAAAAUAGAGAGUGAUCUUGAAAAAAGACAAAGAAAAUUACAAAAUAAAAACACUCCUAAUUUAAGGAAAAGUAUUUCUCAAGCAAAUGAUGAAGAAGACAUUGAAUCACUAUUGCCAGAUGUUCCUACUGAAGAGCCAGAACCUAAGAACAAAAAUGAAAUUACUUGUACAGAAUUAUACAACAUCAUGCAUAAUACUGAAAGUAGAGAAAAAGGAGUGCUUAUCAUUGACCUAAGGCAUGCAGAUGACUUUGCAGCUGCCAAAAUGGCUUUUCAGGAUUAUAUGAUCAAUAUUCCUGGAUCUAAAAUCUGGCCAAAGAGAACAGCAAAUGAUUAUCAAAUGACAUUAAUGGACAACGAUGCAGCAAUCAAACUAUUUGAACGGAGGGCAGAUAUGGAUCUUAUUGUUCUAGUUGACGAGACGUGCUUAUCAAACAAAGCAUACAGUUCUAUUACUUUAUUUAAAAAUUUUUUAGAAGAACACGAUAAAGUUACAAAUUACAAUAGAGUAGCUAUUUUACAAGGUGGAUUUGACAAAUGGAUGAAGACUUAUCCAAAGCUUGUUGUGCGACCAGAAGUUAAAAAGCCUGAUGUAAUAAAUGUGGACCAACAAAAUGACAUAAAAAAAGAAAUUGAAAAUAAUUUUGGAUUUGAAUGUCCUCCAUCACCAAACCAAAAUACUAACACAUCAUCACCUACAUUGUCUACAAAAACACCUGGAAUUAAAUCUGUGUCUUUUGCACCUACACCUCCACAAGUUAUGAGUAACAAUGACAUGUCUACUUAUAAGGAUGUUCAAGCAAUCCCACCGUUUAUACCUGUACCAAAUCAAACAAAAAAUAAUACUUUGAAAAUGUACAAUAUUUCAUUGUUAUCCAAUAAUAGGACAUCUGAUCAGCAAAUGCUACCAUUCAAUACGCACAGUCAACAGGGCAUUGUAAGCUCUGUCAUUAGCCCGUCAGUUUUGUUAAGUGACAUUUCCAACUACAGCGAGAUUCCAUCACCACAUCCAGUGUCUGCUCCACCAUCAGUAACCAAUCACGGAUACUACCCAACACUCAAUGGAGCUCCAAGAAUGAGAACCGCGAAGGUGGUAAUCGAGAAACUAACUCCUGCAAAACCUACUGUCGAUCGCAGUAACAAACCCAUACCGGGUAGAAAACUUUCAAAUGACAAUACACAGAUUGUUAAACUUGAGGGAGAUAUUCAAGAUACUAGGUCGAUCAUUGCUCAGUUCGAGAGGACGAUGUCAAGAGGUAAUUUAGAUGAUUGGAGUAAAGAGCAGUAUGAUAUUUGUAAAAAGAAGGAAGAGGAAUUGUGUACGGAGCUGGAAAAGUUAAAAAAUCAAGGUCCAUCGGCGCCUAAGAAUGGCAAACUUUAUCCUGAUUUAACAACUAAUCUCUCAGUGCUUGCUUUGAAUAAUAAACCUCGCUCAACUCGUCUGGUGAAACCAGAUAUCAAGAAUGAUGAUAAAGAGAAUAUUCAACAGCCACAAGUAAAGAUCGAGCGUAUAAAAAUCGAUCCACCAGCAUCAACAUUAAUGCCACGACCUCCACCACAGCAACAAAUGCAAUCACCAACAACACCACAAGUUCAACGAAUGGAAAUAGAUGAGCCACCAGAAACAUAUCGUGAACCAUUGCGAUCUGAGUCAACAACGCCAUCCAAUUCAGGACUCAAACGUUCCUAUUCAAGUCCCAAUCUUCAGAAGGUAAAGAAGCAUAAGGCCCAGCAUCAAGCUUUGCAGAACAAAGAGGAGGGGCGAAAGUUUAUACCGGAGAUCGAUAGGUCAUCGAAGCCUCAGGUACCAGAAAAUAAUGUUCGCGUGCCUGUUUUGUCGUCAAAGCAUCGUGAGGAUCGUAUGGAACCAGUCUACGGUAACAAUCACCCCGGAAUCACGGGACUGAAAAAUCUCGGCAACUCUUGCUACAUGAACAGCAUCAUCCAGUGCCUGAGCAACACCUGUCACUUGGCCAAUUAUUUCAAUCACAACCAGUACAGCAACGAUCUCACUAAAAAGAACGACAAAAAUGCGUCGGGCUACGUUGCCGAGGAGGUGGCCCAGGUCAUCAAAGCUUUAUGGAGAGGACAGUACAAGAGCAUUUCACCGAGAGACUUGAAGGUGGUCGUCGGCCAGUACAAAUUUCAAUUCGAGAGCUACGAUCAACAAGACUCUCACGAGUUCCUGAUGUUCUUACUCGAAUGGAUGCACAACGAUUUGAAGCAGAAGAACAAAGUCUCGUACAAUAGAGAACUGACCGUGGCCGAAAAGGAAUGGGAAAAGUCAUGGGAAGGUCAGAGCUCGAUCAUAUCGAACUUAUUCUACGGUCAGCUGAGAUCGACCAUCGAGUGUACCACCUGCAUGCAAACCAGCACCACUUACGAGACGUUCAACAGCUUAACGAUGUCUCUACCGACAACGAACAAAUGCACGCUAGACGACUGCGUGAAAAAAUUCGUGAGUGGUCAGAAGGUGUCCGGCUGGAAGUGUCCGAAUUGCAAGGCACCGCGGGACGGUGUCAAGAAAUUCGAUAUAGCAAAACUUCCGCACACGAUAAUUAUCCAUCUCAAUCGUUUUGGCGACUCGGGUGGCUGGCUCGAGAAGAAGAACACGGCUGUCGAUUUCCCACUCAUGCAAUUCGAUUUGAAACCAUACGUCGUCGCCGAUUCCGAUGACAAUUCACCGUCGAGCCAAUAUAAUUUGUACGCCAUGUCCAAUCAUUACGGCACGAUGGACGGUGGACAUUAUACUGCUUACUGCAAGAGUGUCACGCAGAGAAAAUGGUACAAGUACGACGAUCACACGGUAAGCGAAGUGCCACCGAAUCAAGUAAAGAGUCAAAGCACGAGUGCGUAUCUUUUAUUCUACUCGUUGGUGUCAGCGGAGAGAACGAUCCCGAACAGUUAAUGAUGACUUAAUCACUUACAAAAAAAUAAGGGACGAGAGAUAAACGGACUGCGUUAUGACGUUAUACGAUGAUAAUAUGCAUAACGACUAAUUUACUAUCGAGUAUUGCUUCUUUUCGCUUUGCACUUAUGAAAAGAAAAACUCGACUAAAAAAGCGAGUCUGGGGCCUUAGAAAUUGUUUUUUCUUCUAUUUUGCUACUUGACGUUUUAUUAUGUUUUUUUUUUCACAUUACACUCACACGCGCGCGCGAAUGUUUGUUGUAAAUUUUAUUGGCUGUUAGCUCGAAAGAAAAAAAGAAAGAAGAAAUCCGCUUGGUGUUUUGUUUUUGUACAUAGUAUUAUCGUAACACACAUACUCGCCUAAUGUUUCGACAAGGAAACAUUAGCGACAAUGACAAAAUCAACUUUUGUGACAUAAUUAAUGUCUUAUAAUUUUGAUGAAAGAAAGGAAAAAAUCACGAAAUUUGGUGCUUUGUAAGAUGAACUUUGUAAAUAUGUACAUAGAGAUAACUCAGUGACGAAAAAAAGAACAUAUGUAUAUUUUUCUUUUUUUCCUUACGCGCGAGAACAAUUAUUGUUAAUUCUUGUUGCGAUGAUGAAAGUAAUGUGUUUUUGAACAAUUUCGCUUAGUUUCAUUGUCUUAUUUGUUCAGUAUUGCAUUUAUUUAUAAAGCAAAGGAGAAAGUUGAUGGGAAAAAUAUUGAAUUAAAGGCUACCUUUUUCAGUGUUAUUAUUCUCUUUUUUUCGAGGAAAAAUAUGUUUUACUAUGAUUUUUGUGUAAAACGACGAAAAAAGCUUUACAGGAAUUUAUUUUUGGUUACAUAAGUUGCCUGUUUAGAAUUUAACUAUAUCCGCUUUACGUCUAUGUGUAAUUAUUAUCGCAAAUUAUUGUUACAAAGAAAAAUCGUCAUUUAAUAUUUUACGCUAGAUGCAAUGCUAUUUGAUAAUAAAAUAAUAAAAACCAUAAUCGUAU